AUGGCCUUUGUCCAGCCCGGCUGCCCGGCUAGGUUCGCCUACCAGAAUGAGCAUCGUGUCAAAGGGCUCAACGCAGAAACCCUAGCGAGGGUCUUCCUUCCCACGCCCUCAUGGCUGUCGACUCCGGAGUAUGCAGCAAUCCGGUCAGAUACUGGCAAUCCAUCGACCUGCAUCUUCUUCAGCCUUAAUAUUUCCAUAUACAACCAACAGAUAAUCUCCUCGGAAUGGACCGAGCAAUGGUUCUUCAUGGUCGGCCGUGUUCAUCCCUUUGCCCUGACGUGGGAAAUCGAGCGACGUGAUGGCUUGGAGUCGGACGAUGAUAACAUCACAGAAUACACCGUCCCCGCGCUUAUAGUCCGCGAUCACAGCUACCAACCCCAGUUCCAGUCGAACGCUCUCUUCACCUGUACGGGCAAAAUCGCCGGCUUACUGGAUCACCAGAUCAUGAAACAUGCCCCGGCUUUCGACCAAGACUAUAUCUUCAUCGUCGUCCCCGACACGUGGACUUUCCACGACAAGGCCAUGUCCGGCCAGGCUUCUGCAACACAACUACUGCCGACGACACCCAAGAGCGCGGUCGGCAAUCCCUCGGACUAUAGCGUUGCGUUGGCCAGGUUUACCUCUACGAAGAAACCCAAGGCCGCCCAAAGCCCCGCCUCCCCCACGCCGCAUGCUUCUGGCCCAGUCGAUCCCCUUAUGCUGGCAUCAAGUCGGUCAUUGCCCGAUCCCUACCAAACCCCAACCAAGAGACCGCGACUUUCUCCCGAAACUUCCACCAUAAUCACCGACUGUGACGGUCAAGACUCCCAAAUCCGAUACCUCCUCCUUUCUGUCCCCGGAAGACCCGCAGAGUCAGAGACGGACACCGAACAGGUCAAUCACCAAGACACAUCCGCCUCUGGCUCUAUCAGACCUCCCGCGUCGAUAUCUUCCCGACCACUGCGCGCCCGACGUCCGCCCAAGAAUAUUCUCUGA